AAAGUCUUGGAGCAGGCAGACUGCUCAUCUAUGGCUGCAUAGCUCAUGUAUGUUUGCAAAAUUAUUAUUAUUAUCACACAGGUAUGUUACCAACCAAGGAAGAGAAACGAAAAGAACUAAUUAUACUAUUAGCCUGGCCCUCCACAGAGCAAAUUGCAUUAGAUUACUUUGUCAAUUCCUUAGUCCUCUAUGAAAUAAUUAUCAACAUACUGUAUUUACUAUUGGGCUGCCAAACAAUAGAUAUCAAUAAUUCAGUUAGCUUUGUAGAACUUUGCCUAAAUAUAUUACUACUAACUAGGAAUUUUUCAAAUUUCAACUCCUUAGAACUUUCCAAUUGCUUCUUCACCAAUUAUGUUUGCAAGCAAAAGUCCAAGCUUUAUCUUUUUCGCCUAAUUAUAUUAGCUCUUUCACAAAGAAAGUUGUAUCUAUAGAUUAUAAUCUUCUUUUGGUAGCAACAUUGUGAAGUACUAUUUUCAAUGCUAAAAAUGUUUGAUCACUAUAGAAAUAGCAGAACAAAGUUUCAUCUUUUCUCUUUUCAAUGUUUUGCUUUGAUCAUUUCGAUUAUCCUCUUCUCUGAUUCUCUCAUAGCUAUUUUUUCAUCCAAAUCAAUUAUUUUUCAAAUCAAAAUCAAUUCCAUGCAGCCAUUGAAACCACCUUUAGCUAACCAACCGUUGUUUUCGAAGAAUGAAGAGACUAAUAAUGAAGCUCAUUUGAAGGAAGAAGAAGAAGAAGAAGAUCAUGUACAUUUGGUUCCUCCUUAUAAUCUCACACAAGAAGAAAGAAUUUCUUGGUUCAAGAAAAAGUUGCCAAAUUUUGAGAUAUUACAGUCAACAAAAAUCUCAAGAAAGUUCAAUACUAGAGUGAGUGAAUUCUUUACAAGAAAUUGUAGUGUCCAAAUCUUCAUGACAUGGAUUUCCCCUGCAAAAUCUUUUGGUAAAAGAGAAUUUUUCACCUUAGAGAGUCUAUUCAAAGCACAUCCUAAAGGAUGUUUGAUAAUUUUGUCAAAUACUUUGGACUCACCAAGUGGAACUAUGAUUUUUAGGCCUUUAGUUGAGUUGGGUAAUAGAAUUCUUGUUGUUACUCCUGAUUUGUCUUUUUUAUUUGAAAAUACUCCAGCUGAAUCUUGGUUUAUUGACCUCAAGAAUGGAGAAAAGGACCCUGGUAAAGUUUCUUUGGCACAGAAUUUGUCUAAUUUGAUUAGACUAGCAAUAUUGUACAAGUAUGGCGGUAUUUAUCUAGACACGGAUUUCAUAAUCUUGAAGGAUUUUUCAAGAUUGAGGAAUUCAAUUGGUGCACAAAGCACGGAUGCAAGUGGAAAUUGGACAAGAUUGAAUAAUGCAUUAUUGAUUUUUGAUCAAAGUCAUCCACUUGUUUACAAAUUUAUGGAGGAAUUUGCUUUGAGUUUUGAUGGAAAUAGGUGGGGCCAAAAUGGACCAUACUUGGUUUCAAGAGUUGUAGAGAAGGUGAUAUCCAUGAAGAUAAAAGACUACAACUUUAGUAUUUUGCCACCAAGGGCUUUUUAUCCAGUGGAUUGGAUUAGAAUUGGAGGAUUUUUUAUGAAGUUUAAUGCUAAAAAUGAUUCAAGAUGGGUAGAGGCUAAAGUGCUUCAACUCAAUGAGAAGACUUAUGGAGUUCACUUGUGGAACAGCCAAAGUAGCAGUAUGAAAAUUGAACAAGGAAGCAUUAUAAAUAGAUUGGUUUCUACUCAUUGUUUGAUAUGUAAAGACACUUAAGUUGUUAAUCAUUUGUGAAUUUUGUUUCCCAGAUAAGUUAAUGUGGAGGAAUUGAACCUAA